AUGGAGCGAGGCCAAGGAGAGAAUGGCAGAGCAAUCAGAAGGCAAGUACUGUCGCUCUUAGUGUUGUCGGUUUCCUGCCGGGUCGUCUCAGAGCAGAUUCAUUAUUCGGUCCCUGAGGAGAUGUCAAAAGGGUCUGUAGUGGGGAAUCUGGCAAAGGAUCUAGGACUGAAUCUCAGAGAACUGGCAAGUCGCAAAAUGCAUGCCCUCUCUGUGGACAAGGUGCAGUAUUUCAGAAUCAGUGCAGAAAAUGGAAACCUCUAUGUGAAUGACAGGAUAGACAGGGAGGAAAUAUGUGACAGAACCCCACUGUGCCUUCUUAAUCUUAAAGUGGUUAUUGAAAAUCCUUUAGAUAUUCACCAUCUAAAAAUAGAGAUACAGGACAUUAAUGACAAUGCACCACAGUUUCUCAGUAGCACAAUCCAGUUGGAGAUAAUUGAAACAACCCAACCAGGCACCAGAUUCCUUCUUGGGAAUGCCAUAGAUCCGGAUAUCGGCACAAAUGCUUUACAGGAUUACCAUCUUAGCACCAACCCUUACUUUACCUUGGAUGUGAAAGAGAGUCAGGAUGGAAAUAAAUUUGCAGAUUUAGUACUGCAGAAGCCACUCGAUCGUGAGACUGAACCAACCCUUCAGCUGACAGUUACAGCACUGGAUGGGGGGAAACCCAGAAAAACUGGAACAGCCCAAAUAUGGAUCAGUGUCACCGACGCCAAUGAUAAUCCACCUAUAUUCACCCAAGAAAUCUACACAGUCAGUCUGAGGGAAAAUGUGGCAGUUGGGUUCCUUGUGCUGCAGCUUGUAGCUUUGGAUAAAGAUGAAGGUUCAUAUGCACAGAUCAGGUAUUAUUUCAGCAAUAUACCAUUGAGUGCAAAUAAGAAAUUCAGUCUGGAUUCAACCAGUGGAAUAAUUUCCCUCGUGGAACCGUUGGACUUUGAGGAAACCAGAGAAUAUGUGAUGACAGUAGCAGCAAAAGAUGGAGGUGGAUCAAUGACCCAUUGUAAAGUAGAAAUAAGGGUUCUUGAUGAGAAUGAUAAUGUGCCAGAAAUGAUGUUCGCAUCCGUUUUUAGUCCAAUUCUGGAAGAUUCUCAGUCUGGGACAGUUAUUGCUCUCAUCAAUGUGCAUGACAGAGAUGCUGGUGAUAAUGGGAAGGCAUCUUGUUAUUUAGAAGACGAUUUGCCAUUCAAGAUUCUUCCAUCAUCUGAAAAUUACUACACACUUCUGACAGACAAACCACUGGACAGGGAAAAAGCAUCUCAGUAUAAUAUUACAGUCACAGCCACUGACAAAGGAACUCCUCCGCUGAGCACACACAAAACCGUCUUGCUGCAGAUCUCUGAUAUCAAUGACAAUGCCCCUGCCUUUGAGAAAGCUUCCUACAGCAUCUAUGUGCCAGAGAACAAUCCUUCUGGUGCCUCCAUCUUCCAGAUUCAGGCCUUCGAUCCAGAUGUGGACCAAAACUCACAGAUCACAUACUCCAUCCUCACCAGCAACAUUGAAGAACUUCCCAUCUCCUCCUAUAUCUCCAUUCAUUCCGAGACUGGCACCAUCUAUGCCCAGCGAUCCUUUGACUAUGAGCAGUUCAGGGAAUUCCAGCUGCAGGUGAAGGCCCAAGAUGGAGGUAGUCCCCCUCUCAGCAGCAACGUUACAGUCAGGGUGUUUAUCCUGGAUCGGAAUGAUAACAGCCCCCAAAUCCUGUCCCCUUCACCAGAAUCCAAGGACUCUUCCCUCUUUGAGGUGGUUCCUCGUUCAGCUGAGGCAGAUUAUCUGGUAACAAAAGUGGUGGCCGUGGAUGCUGAUUCCGGACACAACGCCUGGCUCUCCUACCACCUGAUUCAAGCCACAGAGCCGGCACUCUUCACCGUUGGCUCUCAUACGGGUGAGAUCAGGACAGCGAGAACCUUUUUGGAGAGAGAUUCCAUGAAGCAGAGACUCGUCCUUCUGGUGAAGGAUAAUGGGCGGUCACCUCUCUCAGCCACCGUCACUCUGAACCUGGUGUUUGCUGAGAACUUCCAGGAGGCCCUUCCGGAGAUGAAAAACCUGAUGAACAGCUCAGAGGAUCAGUCUGACCUGCAGUUCUAUUUGGUGUUGGCCUUAGCUGUGAUGUCAUUCCUAUUCCUCUUCACAGUGAUUCUGGCCGUUGCCAUCAAGCUCAGGCAGUCAGGAAAUUCCAGGUUCCUACCCUGUUUUGGUCCCACUUCCCAUUCCACGACAGGGGUCAUAUUUCCACCCAAUUUUCAAGAUGGGACUCUGCCUUAUUCCUACCAGCUUUGCCUCUCCUCAGAAUCCAGGAAGAAUGAAGUUACCUUCCUGGCACCAAACAUUCAUAUUGCUGAGAAUGUGCUUUGUGGGGAAAAAACUGAGGUGCCUCUUGCAGGCAAUGGAGGAAAAACAUUACACCACGAGAUGGAGGAUAAUGGGAAGUUCUGCACUGAGACUCAGAGGGCCGCUGUUGGCCAACACAGUUCUCAGAAAGGAGCUGGAAAUCUAAUGGGGCUUCCUGCGCUCUGGUCUGACUAUCCAGUCACCGAGUGCAGCGCAGCCAAACAGCAGGACUGA